AUGGCAGGGGUAUGGCAUAAAGGGAGAGGUAAUAAUGGCAGAGGUCCGUGUUCUCUAUGUCCAGAAGGAGCUCCCGGUCCCCGUGGACCACCUGGAGACAUUGGCCUGCCGGGAAGAGACGGUCGUGAUGGGAGGGACGCUUCGUGUAAUGGCCAACUAUCAGGAAUGCCGAGUCCUGUAGACCAAACGAACGAUGGUAGCAGUGAAAACACGAGUGGUGGUAAUACAGUAAUCAAUGUCAAUAGUAGUGGAGCUGUGUAUAUAAGAUGGGGUAGAGAUGUUUGUGUUGAUGGAUCAGAACUGGUUUAUGCUGGUACUGCAGCAGGAGCUCACUACCAACAUACUGGAAGUGGUUCUAACUAUCUGUGUAUGCCACCUGACCCAAUUUAUGAUGAACAUCAGUCUGGUGGAAGUCGUGGUCUGCUGUACUCUGCCGAAUAUCAGACCAGCAACGCCAUCGGUCGUCUCCAAGGUAUCCACGACCACACACCAAAAUGUGCAGUCUGUAGGGCGCCCUCAGGACGAUCUACCAAAUUGAUGAUCCCUGCGCGGAACGAGUGCCCUUCUGACGAGUGGCGCCUGGAGUACAGUGGUUACCUCAUGUCAGCCUAUCAUGGCCACAAACGUACUGAGUUCGUUUGUUUCGAUCAUGACAUGGAAGCAGAGCCUGGUACAGCUGGAAACGAAAAUGGGGCUCUCUUCUACAUGGUAACAGCGGCAUGUGUGGCCGGAAGUGGUCUUCCUUGUGGACCCUAUAUUGACGGUCAGGAACUCACUUGCGCUUUGUGUACGAUUUAGAAAUUGUUUAGAUCGAGUGAUAAUAUAGUGCGUACGUUGAAUUAUAUCUGUGUAGUGUAGCUCGUCUAUUGAAACAUGCAGUCGAAAAAAACAAUUCCCGAAGGAAUAUGUCAAAUUCGAAGUAGCUAGUACUUAUAUAGUUGCACCCACUGUUUCUUUCCAAGUGUGCCAUUGACAGAUAAUUUUCAGAAACCUUGACGUAUUGGGGUUGGAGGAUAGUGCCCAUCCCCCCAAAAAACCGCAAGCCCCUGACUUCCUUCAGUGUUCUCAAUUGCAAAUUUUAGCUAGUACUUAAAGAAAACAUCCUCAGGCUUGGCCUUUUUUUGCCUCGCAUAAUUUUUUUUUCUUUCUAAUUUCAUAAUUAUCAUUAGCUCACAUAAUGCUUGCCUCAAAGGAAAAUCAUUGCAUACAGUUAUGUAACCAUCAUUAACAAAGAUGAUUACAGAUUGAGAUAUAGGAAUCAUUAUUCAGUGACACGACAUUUUCUCCUGCGACAUUUGCUCCGAUCUUAAUAUCUUAGAGGGGGUCGGAUUGUAAUAGAGUUUUUGGUUCAGAAUAC